AUGACAAAUAAAGUUGAUUCAACACAGCUUGCACCUUCUGCAAUUGUUGUAGUUAAUGCAUCUACACACAAUGAGUCUGAGAAAAGUAAUCAUAAUUUCACGUUUGAUAUUGAGGAAAAUGAAACUCUUGCUCUAAAAAUGCAAUAUGUGAACAAUGCUAUUAAUGAAAUUGGCUUUACUUCAUAUCAAUUGAAACUUUUUUUUCUUAAUGGAUUUGGAUAUGCAGUUGAUUCAUUGCUUCUUCUUCUUAAUGCCUUAACACAACCUCAAGUCGCUCUACAAUAUCAACCAGCUAUUAGCAAAGCACAAACAAUGUCUCUCGGAAUUGGUCUACUAUUGGGAGCACUGUUCUGGGGUGCAGGAGCUGACGUUAUCGGUCGUAAAUAUGCUUUCAACAUUACAUUAUUUUGGUGCUCAAUCUUUGCUAUAGUAGCUGGAGCGUCACCUAAUUAUGCUGCUGUGUGUAUAUUCAUUGGACUUAUGGCUUUUGGAGGCGGUGGAAAUCUUAUUCUGGAUACAGCUAUUUACUUAGAAUUUCUUCCUGGUAAAUAUCAAUGGUCUCUCACAUUUAUGGCUGCUUGGUGGGGUGUUGGACACAUGGUAGCUGGCUUAGUAGCAUGGCCAUUUCUAGCUAACUUCUCUUGUGCUAAGAAUGAUAUUUGUACCAAUGCCAAUAAUUCUGGAUGGCGCUAUACAUUCUAUACUCUUGGAUCGGUCGUUUUUAUUCUUUCACUUCUUCGAGUAUUUCUCAUUCGAUUGAAGGAGUCUCCCAAAUGGCUUCUCUCGCAAAAUCGAGAUGCAGAAGUAGUGAAGAUUAUUCAAGAAAUCGCGCAAGCAGCGGGUAAAGAGUGUUCACUUACACUUGAACAACUCGAAUCGAUAGGACCAGUAGUUCAAGUCAAUACUUCAAAGUAUAAUCCAAUGAUUGUUUGGUAUCAUAUCAAAGGUCUCUUUCCAAAUCGAAAGGUGGGAUAUUCAACUUUUCUUAAUAUUGCUUCAUGGACUCUAAUUGGUCUUGCUUAUCCACUUUACAACGUCUUUUUACCUUAUUAUUUACAAUCUCGAGGAGAUAGUUUGGGUGAUGGUUCUGUAUAUACAACUUAUCGCGAUUAUGCCAUUAUCAACGUUUGUAGUAUUUUCGGUCCAAUAAUAGCUGGUUGUUUGGUAGAAGUUCGCUUUCUUGGUCGUCGGUAUACUAUGGCAAUUGGAGCCCUUCUUACAAUGACUUUUCUUUUUGCAUUCACAGCAGUCCGCACAAGCGCUCAAAAUUUAGCUUUCAAUUGCGCCAUCAGUGUCUGUCUGAAUGUGUACUAUGGUACUUUAUAUGCGUACACUCCAGAAGUACUUCCAUCAGCUCAUCGAGGUACAGGCAACGCCAUAACAGUAGCAUGUAACAGAGUGAUGAAUAUUGUUGCAGCUUUGAUAGGAACAUAUGCUGAUCUAUCAUCAAGUGUACCCAUUUAUGUAUGUGCUGCUGCCUUCGCUUUAUUAGCAUUGCUGAGCUUCUUAUUUCCAUUUGAGCCACAUGGAAGAACAAGUGGUUGA